AUGAUUGAUCUUAUGCUUACUCACGUGCCGGACAUUGAGUCAAAAGCCGCUAACGGUGCUACUCCUCUACUCAUUGCUGUGUUUAAUGAAAAGCUGCAAGGUGUAAUGCAUCUCCUUGAGAGGGGAGCCAAUCCUUUGACUAAGGAUAAUGACGGCCAUGAUUCUUUAUAUCUUGCCUCAUCACGUGACUCAGAUGUUCUUGACUUACUGCUGAGUCACGUACCUGACGUAUCAUUGUUGCUGUUAGGAUUUUCCGUUGACUCCAAAGACGCAACAGGCACAACGCCCCUCAUGAUUGCUGCUCGAAAUGGCAACGUUCAAGCGGUGAAGGGUCUGAUUAACAGAGGAGCAGAUCCGUCCCUGAAGGACAACGACAGAUGGAGUUCGUUGCAUUAUGCUGCACGGUGUGGCGACACUGAUACCAUUCAUCUUAUCCUUACUCACGUGCCGGACAUUGAGUCAAAAACCACCCAUGGUGUUACUCCUCUAAUGACUGCUGUUUGUCAUAGCGGGGUCCAGGGUGUAAAGUAUCUCCUUGAGAGGGGAGCCAAUCCUUUGGCUAAGAAUAAUGACGGCCAGGAUUCUUUAUAUCGUGCCUCAUCACGUUGCUCAGAUUUUCUUGACUUAGUGCUGAGUCAUGUACCCAACGAAAUUUCUGUUGACACCAAAGACGCAACUGGCACAACGCCGCUAAUGAAUGCUGCUCCGAAUGGCUACGUUCAAGCAGUGAAGGGUCUGAUUAAGAGAGGAGCAGAUCCGUCCCUGAUGGACAACGAAGGAUGGAGUUCGUUACAUUUUGCUGCACAUUGUGGUGACCCCCACAUAAUUGAUCUUAUCCUUCCUCACGUGUCGGACAUUGGGUCAAAAAACGCUGACGGUGCUACUCCCCUAAUCAUUGCUGUGCGUCAUAGAAAUCUACAAAUUGUAAAGCAGCUCCUUGAGAGGGGAGCCAAUCCUUUGACUAAGGAUAUUAACGGCCAUGAUUCUUUAUAUCUUGCCUCAUCACGUGACUCAGAUGUUCUUGACUAA